AUGGCUUGCUGUGCAGUAGCCGCUUACGUCGUUUUUCGGUUUCUUAGAGCAUACGAGAAAUUGCUCGGCUCCCUCAAACCACCCCAUGAUGCCUCCAAAAUUAACCAUGCGGAGAGAUCGGUAUUCGAAACCAGGGCAAGAACCUCACCAAAAGAACUCCAGGUCCAUGUCUUCAGUUUAGAUGGCCUCACAUGUGGUUCUUGUGUCACAGCCCUUCGUACCACCAUCGAGGAAGUUCCUGGUGUUCUUCAGGCGUCUGUAUCCCUCGCCUUGCUCCGAGCUCGAGUCACAACCACUGCGGCAGUGACACAGACGGCCAUCAUAAACGCGAUUCGGUCUGCAGGUUAUGGCGCCGAUCCGGCCCCUGUGUCUAACUCUCAUGACUGGGCCAACCUUCUGUCCUCGAUCCAGGCGCCUUUGGACAACAGGAGACGCAAUGUUCUGGCUUGGCGACGUGUCUUCGCUGCCUCCGCCCUGGCGUCGCUGGCAAUCCCUUUGAUUCAUUGUGUAUCCAGCAUGUUGGAACUUGGUUCUGAUCCCUUUAUUGAUCUCGCCCUAUGUGUAGCCGUCGCUGUCAGCCUUGUGGCCAGUUCUGGCAUCCACAUUGCGUCAGCGCGUGCAAUGUGGCACCUGCGUAAACCCGAUAUGUCGACACUUGGCUCGCUCGGUAUCCUGCUCUCACUGACGCAGGGGGUUUCUCGCGCUUGGGCGGUUAAUCAGUCCGGCACCUACCAAUUUUACCAUCCUGCCUUGGAUUCUAUCCCGAUCCUGUCUACUUGCGUCCUGGGCAGUCGGCUACUUAAGACUGUCUUGACUCAGCGCAGCCUUGACUUCGGCUCGCCCCUAGCGAACCUGAUUUCAGCUACGGCAACAGUAUGUCGUGAUGCUACCGGGGAGGAUCCCAUUACCGAGCCCAUCGACAUGGUCUCGCCCGGUGAUUUUGUUGUCGUCGACCAGGGACAGCACAUACCUGCCGAUGGCGUUGUGGUCAGCCGUGACUCAGCUCUUAUCACCGAAGCUUGGCUUAACGGUUCAAACUUACCGCGAACGGUUCGUCUUGGAGAUGCUGUGUUCGCUGGGUGCCGUGUCGAGCACGGAACCUUGGUUGUUUCAGUCAAAUCCUGUGGUCUCUCCACACGGCUAGGUGCAAUGAUGGAAUCUGUCGUUUCUGGGGAACUCAAACCCCACGAAUCGCCUCUGGACAAUACAGUACAGUACUUCACUACAGCCGUCAUUGUCUUCGCGGCUGCCGCGUGUGCAGCACAAAGCUACUCUCUACCCGAAGGCAGCUUGGCAGAGAUUCUUGGCCGAGCCUCAAGCAUCAUGUUGGCUGCAUGCCCUUGUGCCUUGAGCUUGAGUGUUCCUACCUGCAAGUUGCUAGCGACAGUGAGAGCAUCAAAGGCCGGUGUCCGACUAGUUACCACGUACAAACGAUUCAAGGAUGUGGCAGGCGUCCGAACACUCCUCUUCGACAAGACUGGAACACUCACACACGGCGAGCUACACGUCCGAUACGUUUCCUUUGCACCAUUUCCGUCACUACAGAGCACUCUCAUCUGGAGAGCCAUCUGGGAACUGGAAAAAGAUGUUCAGCAUCCAGUGGCGCAAGCUAUAGUCCGCGAGAGCCUUCGACAGAUGGACAGUCUGGGUGCCCCGCCGCCCACAGAAACAACUUCAGACGUGGUGGUAUCUGAAGUGUUACAUGAGCUGGGUCGUGGGGUUCGGGGCACUGUGACCUCGUCGAGUAAAUGGCACCUAGCUAUCGGGAGUCGCAAGUUCAUCGAAACAUUGGGUGCCCACGUUGACUUUGCCGGCAUCCCUGUGGAUUUGAGGUGCGCCGUCACCACUCCAGUUGUUGUGGCCAUCAACGGAACGCAAGCCGGUGUACUUGUCUUCGAGGAUGCGAUUAGAUCUGAGGCCGUUCCGACCAUUAAGGAGCUGAAGAAGAUGGGCAUCAACAUCGGAAUGAUCACGGGCGACAAUGCUGCCUCCGCAACUGCCGUGUCACGGCAAGUGGGCAUAGACGCCGACAUGGUUUUCGCCAACUCGCUACCGCAGGACAAGGCAGAUGUUGUUGCCCGAUUUCGUCGUCACGGGCCAGUAUUAGUCGUUGGGGACAACCUCAAUGAUCUUCCGUGUUUCAUGUCAGCAUCUUUCAGCGUCUGCAUUCCUGGCCAAGAGAUGGCUUUUGGAAAUUUUGAUGCUGCAGAUGCGACUCUAACUCCAUUCACAUCAAGAGACCGCAAGCCAGAUCCGGAGUUAUUAAGGCGUAUUCCAUUUCUGGUCUACCUGUCACGCCGCACUGUCGGAGUUGUUUCGCAGAACAUGUGGUGGGCUGCAGCUUACAACGCACUCUCGCUCCUUUGGGCUUCAGGAGUUAUUGGAUCUACAAAGCCUCUGUCUUCUGUUUGGUUUAGCCUCGGCAUGGGCUUCAGUAGCGCCGUUGUUCUCUUGAAUAGUUCAAGAAUUGGAAGGAAAACCAAGACUUUAGCAUUCUCUGACUAG